AUGAAUUGCCUCAAGUACAUGGUCGCUGAUAAUGUUCCUAUUCCUUCGACUUCUGGAAAAUCUUACCGGGUAAUCCAAAUUGCUCCGAAUCCAAAAACUCAAAAUGUUCAACCGAAUCCGGUUAAAAUAUCAUAUGCAGCUAAUAAAAAUAAGUUCUAUCAAGUCCCUCCUCAAAAUGUAUAUUCUCACUCCCCAGCUCCUUUGCUAACCCGUAUAGAACCUCCAAACCCAUUCCUUCCUGUACCUCCUUGCAUGUCUUCUCAAAAUUCUGGAUCGACUUCUCGUGAACCACUUCGCGAAACAUCAGUAGAUAAUUGUGUACCAUCAUCUGUGAGGUUCCCUAAAAGGUACAAAAUGCAAAGUUCUGAGCUAUCAAAAAUUCAUCUUCGUAAUCCAUGGCUAAAAGAUUCUAUUUCUGCACCUCGCUCUGCUUCGCCGCCUCUGGCAAAUGCUUCUGAUUCCGAGGAAGACUAUGAAGAGGAAGAGGAUUCUCCUCGUUCUUCGCCUCUCUUUCAUCAUCGCCAUCGUUACAAUUUUAGUGGUUCUGAAACUUCUUUCAAAGACUAUGAUCCUCUCUCCUGUUCUGAUUACGAUGAGGAUGAAGAGGAUUCACCUCGUUCUUCUCCUUUGUUUCAUCAUCGUCAUCGUUAUAAUAGCGAUUCUGAGACUCCGUACUAUUCACCAUAUAGUGAAGAUUCCGACGAUUACACUGCACCAUCUGCACUUGCACAUCAGAAUGAAAAAUCUAAACCGACUAAUCCAUCAGAGGAUUUUUGUGCACUUACUAGUAAAGAAUCUAACCUUGCACUUUGCCCUUCACCUCUUGUACAGGAUCUUGUACCCGAUUCCGGGGAAGAGGCUUCUCCCACCUCUUCUCCUCCUAAAUUUCCUCUUUGUGAUAAACUUACAGGUCCUGUAACGCCAGUCAAGAACGAAUCUUAUCCGAGAUUCAUAGGAGUAAAACGGGUAAGUUUGAAAGGACGACAUGAUGUGCUGGUGUAUUCAAUUCCAGAUACCGAUAAUGCUUAUGUAUUUUGCCAUGAACGGACAAACGUAGACUAUCAGAUUUUCAAAUGUCUGAAGUGUUGGAAUGAAAAAGUCAAGACUACAAUCAAGGUGAUCGGAGAGAAGUUUUUCGGGAAUCCAUGUGAUCUCGGACAUGUCUGUUCACCUGUGGAUGAAUUGGAAGAUAGAGUGGAGAGACUUACUUAUAAGUGGUUGACCGAUCUGCAAGAACAGUCCAAAUCUUGUCGUAAUUCGCCAAAAGAAGAAUAUGCGAAUUUUCUAAUUUGGCUGAGAGAUGAUUCCGAUAAAGGUACCAAUCUUUACUACAGGUUCUGCAAGCCUAAAAAAGCACGGAUAGAGGAUCACAUUGAGAAAUUUGUGCAACAGAGUUUAUUAAUGCAUUCAAGCUACCCUGGAAACGGAGAGCAGGGGAACAGUGAUAUGGAUGAGAGCUUCCCCGGAAAAGUUGUGGGUGGAAAACCAUUUGUUUUCAUCAGAAACAAUGGACCUUCUUUCCAAAGUACUAUGGAAGUCCUAGAAUGGAUUGCUGGAAUCGGCGAAAACGAAAAAUUCUAUACUUUUUGA